UACGGAGCCAAGUGCUUAUAUUCUGGCCAAGUUACGAGCCUCUGAGAACAAGAGCUUGAGGGGAGAACUGUUAACCCGUUCUCUCCGGCAGAAUGAGCUCUUUCCCUGCAGGUCUGCGCUGCCUGUAAAGCUGAGCGCGCCCUCGCCCUUGGAGUGAGAGGCUAGCCCACAGGAGAACUGCAGGAAUCUGCAACAAAAACGAUGACAGUCUGAAAUACGUCCCUGUGCCAACCUCCAAAUUCGUCUGUCACCUCAGACCCUGAGUAGUUGACAGAGCAGCAGAAUUUCAACUCCAAUAGACCUGAAUGUGUUUCUGGGCAAAGAAGCAGAGCUAACGAGGAAAGAGAUUCAAAGAGUAUUGGGCGUUUGUGAAACUUAUUUCCUGACUGUGUGCAAAGACAGGAUUCAGCUUCAAUUUUCUGCCAAGGCUCUGGGUCCAGCCACCUACCUGAAGGUCUAGAAAAAUGAAGUCUGUGAUUUUUUUCCUAUUCAUUUUGGAAACUGCAGUUGCAAUCCCGACACAAGCAAGGUUCCUAUCUGAUCAUUCCAACCCAACUGCUGAUUCCCUGAGUUCCUUCCAACAGGCUGAAAUGUUGGUAACAUCUGAGCACGCUGCAAUCCCCACCGUAAGGGCCGAAGAUGCAGAAAAUGAAACUGAAGUAUCCAUAGAAGACCAUCCCACUCAUAAGCCUGAAAAAUCUUCAGUACUAAAGUCAGAGGAGGAAAACCAUGACCAGUCAGCAGAUCAGGACCAGAGUUACAGCCAACACCUGGGAUUACAGGAUCAAGAGAAAAGUGAAAGUGACUUAAUUGAGAAUUUGGAGUAUACACCAACUGAAGGUACACUGGACCUAAAAGAAGAUAUGAGUGAGCCUCCAAAGGAAAAACUCCCCGAGAGAUUCUUUGGUCAUGAUGUUAGUUCCAUUGUAGAUUCUAAUCAACAAGAAAGCAUCACAGAGACAGAGGAAAACCAAGGACAACCUAUAAAUGACUCACAUCCUCAGUUGAACGGGAGCAGCAAACAUAGCCAAGACCUAAGUGUUCAAGGAAACCAAGAGCAGGGUCCAAAUAUCCCAAAUGGAGAUGAGAGAGAGCCAGGUAAAACUGGUACCCACAAUGAUAACCAAGAAAGGGAGAGAGAAGUUCCCGAGCAGCAUUCUACCAGCAAUCAGGAAGAAGACAGUACACAGUCUGAUGACAUUUUGGAAGAUUCCUAUCAACCAACUCAAGUAAGCAAGAUGCAGAAAGAUGAAUUUGAACAGGGUGGCCAAGAACAAGAAGAGGAAAACUCCAAUGCAGAAAUGGAAGAGGAAACUGCAUCAAAAAUCAGUAAGCCCAAUCAAGAUAAAGAAUGGCAGAGCCGAGAAGGACAGCCUGGCCUUGAAGUUAUCAGCAACCAUGAGGAGAUGGACAAAAAGACUCUUUCUGAGCCUUCGCUGGUGGAGCCUACGGACGGUAACAUCAAGCUCAGAAAUCAUGGGAGUGAUGACGACGGCGAUGAUGGCCCCAGGCGCAAUGCGAGUGAGGAGUACUUCAACCCAAGCGAGGCUUUCCUGGAGAAUGAAAGAGCUCAAUCCAAUUACUAUCCCAUUAAAUAUGAGGAGCAAAGAGAAAAAGCACGUGAGAAUGAGAAUGUAGAUACCAGCGAACCUGCAGAAAACCGAGGGGCCAAGAAAGCAGAAAGCUCACUGAAUGAAGAUGACCGUUCAACUGAAGGCAACACAAGGGUGCACAGUGUCGAUUCUUGCAUGAACUUCCAGUGUAAAAGAGGACACGUCUGCAAGGCUGAUCAACAGGGAAAACCCCACUGUGCUUGCCAAGAUCCAGCGACUUGUCCUCCUACAAAACUCCUUGACCAAGUUUGUGGCACUGACAAUCAGACCUAUGCCAGCUCCUGCCAUCUCUUUGCUACUAAGUGCAGAUUGGAGGGGACCAAAAAGGGGCACCAACUGCAGCUGGAUUACUUUGGAGCCUGCAAAUCUAUUCCUGCUUGUACGGACUUUGAAGUGACCCAGUUUCCUCUAAGGAUGAGAGACUGGCUCAAGAAUAUCCUCAUGCAGCUUUAUGAACCUAACCCUGAGCACGCUGGAUAUCUAAAUGAGAAGCAGAGAAAUAAAGUCAAGAAAAUUUACCUGGAUGAAAAGAGACUCCUGGCUGGGGACCACUCACUUGACCUUCUCUUAAGAGACUUUAAGAAAAACUACCACAUGUAUGUGUAUCCGGUACACUGGCAGUUCAGUGAGCUGGAUCAACAUCCUAGGGACAGGGUCUUGACCCACUCUGAGCUUGCUCCUUUGCGGGCAUCUCUGGUGCCCCUGGAACACUGCAUAACACGCUUCUUUGAAGACUGUGACCCCAACAAGGAUAAGCACAUCACCCUGGAGGAGUGGGGUCACUGCUUUGAAAUUAAAGAAGAAGACAUAGAUGAAAAUCUCCUGUUUUGAAUUAAGAUUUGAAAGAACUCAAACUACCCAGCCUCCUCCUUUGUCCUGACCACUUCUGAAGUAUAUGCAGUGUGAUACUUGUAGAUUUAUAUUUAGCAAUAUGCUUGCAUGUCUGAGACGACAAUGAGAGUAACUGCUUGAUAACAGUAUGUGCACCAGGCAUUUAACAUUAACUUUGGAAAUGAAACUUUAAAAUUAAGUAAAGUCAAUAUACGCAAAAUAUUGUACACUGUUUGUGAACAGGAGUUUAACUCAUCACUCUGUAUCCAUUUAUGAGAUACUUAAAGAUUAUAAAACUCGAAAAAAUAAUUCAUUUUGUCCAUAAUACCAUGUGCACUUCAAAAAAGUGAAAUAAGCCUCUUUGUUGUUGAUGUGUGUUAUUUUCAGUAUCUUAAUAUCCUAAUAAAAAUCCAAAUGUUUACUCAA